CAUUUCUUAACAAAAAGGAGAAGAAAGGGACGGGGAAGGGAAUCACUUUUAGAGAGCGCUACGCUCGUAUGCAUGUGCUGCCGGCGCGAUGUCCGCGUCCUACUGCAGGAGCUUGUACGCGUUCAGCGGAGAGCAGCACCAGGAGGGACUGCGCUUCGAGGCUGGGGAGCUCAUCCGGGUCCUUCAGCCGCUCUCCGGGGGCUGGUGGCAGGGUGAGAAGGACGGCAUCACCGGCUGGUUCCCCUCCAGCUACGUACAGCUGCUCGAGGACCGAGAGGUCAAGGCAGGACAGGCUGGGCCCCCAUACAUCCACAACCCACAAACCGGUACCCGCGAGCCCCCUGCCUGCAGAGAGCCCCCUCCCUCCAGGCUGGAAGUGUUACAUGUCUCCCCAGGGGCGGCGUUACUACGUCAACACUGCCAGCAAUGAAACAACAUGGGAACGGCCAUCAAGUGCUCCUGGAACCCCGAAGGGUUCGCUGAAGCACAAGAACUCCAUACCUGCAGUAAAUGGAUUUCAUAACUCUGGAAGUCCUGUGCCAAAUGUGGAACCACACCAAGCAGUAACGCGGAAAUCCAGUACAGACCAUCAGAGCCCGGGGUCCACCUCACCAACCAAGAGACAGAACAGGGAGACCACGAUUACCAUCAACUGUGUUACAUUUCCCCUGCCUAUGAACGUGCCGGAGCAGCAGCUGCUGAAGCCCAAUGAGUGGAGUUACUGUGAUUAUUUCUGGUCUGACAAGAAGGACCCCCAGGGUGCAGCCUCAGUAUCUGGUUUUGAGGUUCUGCUUCAGAAACAACUGAAGGGCAAACAAAUGCAGAAGGAGAUGGCGGAGUUUAUCCGGGAGAGAAUAAAGAUUGAAGAGGAAUAUGCAAAGAACCUUUCAAAACUAUCACAGAUCCCCUUGGCUGCACAGGAAGAAGGCACACUGGGGGAGGCUUGGGCUCAGCUGAAGAAAAGCCUGGCGGACGAGGCAGAGGUUCACCUCAAGUUCUCAUCCAAGCUCCACACCGAGGUAGAGAAGCCCCUCCUCACUUUCCGGGAAAACUUUAAGAAGGACAUGAAGAAGUUUGACCACCACAUUAGUGACCUUAGAAAGCAGCUGGUCAGCCGAUAUGCUGCUGUAGAGAAGGCUCGCAAAGCACUGGCAGACAGGCAGAAGGACCUUGAGAUAAAAACGCAGCAGCUGGAAAUCAAGCUCAGUAAUAAGACAGAGGAGGACAUCAAGAAGGCUCGGCGGAAAUCUACACAAGCAGGCGAUGACCUGAUGCGCUGUGUGGAUCUUUACAAUCAGUCCCAGUCUAAGUGGUUUGAGGAGAUGGUGACCACAAGUCUGGAAUUGGAAAGGCUGGAGGUUGAACGUGUGGAGAUGAUUCGACAACAUCUGUGUCAGUACACAACUCUGCGGCAUGAAACAGACAUGUUCAACCAAAGUACUGUGGAGCCGGUGGACCAGCUGCUUCAGAACGUGGACCCAGCCAAAGACCGGGAGUUGUGGGUGAAGGAGCACAAGACCGGGGACGUGCGGCCCGUGGACCUGGAGCUCUAGGAAGUGGGGAGGGAGAAGCACAAACCCAGGGGCACUAGCUUAACACCAAGCGCUCUGCUUGCCCCUUACCUCACAGGAACACACCGAACUUAGAGCACAAGACUGUUAUCGUCCAGAAUCCCAGGCCCUGGCAACUUUCUUAUGUUCACCGGCGCUGGGACAACAUAACAGUAAUGAUGACGAACUUGCAUCUCUUUAACAACAUCUGGAAAAGAAAAUUACACAUCAAAUAUGAAAUGCAUGCAGAUGCUGGAAUGGGCAUCAGCAAGACUGUAUUUAUGGUUUAUAUCUUAUUAGUGAACUAAUUAGCAAGAUUAGACCAUUGAACAAAGGUAUUUUCUGGUCAGAAGAUUUUAUUUAUGACAUUAUAAAUCAUCCUCUGUUUAUAUAUUUGCGGAAAAGACAACACAGCAUAUUUAACAGUUAUUUCAAUAGCUAUUGAGAUCUUUUGUCAUCAUGAAAAGCACUCAGCAAGUGUGUCUGGGUCACUUUUGUCACUAACUUAUUUAUCAUUAAGACACUGGAGCACACAGUUAAAAAGGGCUUAACAGAAGAUCCAUAAUCACCAUGUCUGUUAGGCUGAGGUAAAGUUUUCAUCGUUUAUUAAUGCAGAGAGUGACUGAAGGGAACAUUUUAAUAGUUUUGUACACGCUGUAAAUUGUGCACAUUAGGCAAGCGCUUCUUUGAGAAAGGCCAAAGCCAUCAGUAAUAAGGAUGAGAAAGAACCAGCAUGGUUUGGCAGCAGUCCAGGGAGCUGUUGAGCCCCAAGUGCCUUGAUUCAACUGUAAAAAAAGGGUCCUAAAGGUGCCAUCAUUGCCCAUCGCCAGCACUGUUCACUGUUUUCUGUCAAGGCUAUAAUACAAGUCUGGCAGCAGUUUACUGGAGUGGAUUGUCUGCUUCCCAAAAUGCAGCAUCAUGGGAGUUAGCAGUGUCUUUGAAACAGUGCUCCAGCUCGCAGGGCGCAACUGAGUCAUCUGAGAAGCCCGUUUGCCCGUCAAGCAUGCCUCUCCCAAACGCCAGACCUCAGUCUCAUCGCAUCUCUGCCACUCUCUGGUGAUGUACCCAUGGCAGCAGUUUCUGCUCCUGUCAGGCUGCUGCAAACUGGAUGACUGCUUUCUGGAGGACUAGUGCAACAUUCCUGUAGAUAUUACUAGACCACUGUUGACUCUACACUCAGCGUCUCAGCACAAAUGUAUUAUAUGCACGCUUGGCUGUAUGUAUAAAUUCAAACUAUAUAUCCGUUCACCAAGCCGUUCAUCCACCAAUGUCCACAGUGAGGGUCCAACACACUUGCUAAUUACUCUGAAAUAUAACUUUGAUAUCCUUUUAUGCGAAACCUGAAAUAAACAACUUUUUUCCUUGAAUCUUAUCACUUGAACACGUUCACUUUCAGACAUAGGUGCAGGAGUGGAAAAAAAACCUUUGUUUGCAGUAUAUAUCAAAGAUUUAUUUUAUUAUCAUUUCAUUCAGUGCCUUGGUCUAGACAAGCAAAUGAAACUGAUAAACAACAGCAACAAAAACUGGAAAUUUCUGGGAAGCUUUCCUCUCCACUUUGUCCCUGGCCUCCCUGUAGUAGGAAACGGGCCUGUGUUCGGGUCCUGCUGCUCGUCCUGUGGCUGGCAGACGGAGCUCCUCGCUGGGGCUGCAUGCUGAUUUUGAUGGAGACCGUGGCGUCCAAAUGGCAGUGUGUUUACAAGGAAAGCCCAGCAGUGCCCACAAGAAGGCAAGCGCUAAUGUUCAAGUAUAAAUAUAAAAUUAUGUUCAGACCUUGUAUUUUAGAUGCAUUUGUUUUAUACACAAAAAUAUUUUGCAUAUCGAAAAAGAUACCUAUUCAACACAAAAACACAAACAUCAAAGCACAUCUGCAUUAAUGAGAUAAAAUUAUAUACAAUAUAUGUAAUCCUUGUGAUUCGAUGGGGGAAAAAAUGCUACCUGCUUUCAAAAUUUUAUCAGUUACUGUGCACAUUGCCUUUGGGAUGUCUGGAACGUAUGCAAGCUAUCAUAUGUUUAAGGGGGCAUUUUGAGACUUUAAGACUAUUGAUGAAAUUGCAGUGUAAAGGCUCAUGAAAAGCAUUUGAAUGAUGAUAUUUCAAGUUAUGCUAGAUGUUCAGUAAAUAUUAAUGUCUGCAAUGUAUUUCUUAGACAUGGACAACAUUAAUGUGACAUGAUGAUGCGUUGAAACUUUAUUGUUGCAGCUUUUCGUAAACUGUUCAUUUUCAAAUGAGAAAUGAGGACGGAGAGGCAAGGACAGUGUGCAUCCCAUUCUUGUUUCAUCAUUGCCUAAUUAGUUCUGCACCUACUUUCUGUGAAUUGGUGUGUGUGCUUACAGCGGGUUUGGGUGCAACGAUGCUGUGGAGCAUGACGCUUGAUAAAGUACAGCCUUGGUAUUCUCAAUUUUUCGUCUCAAGGCAGCUGUGUUAAGCGAACGUGGACUGGGGGGAAUAUUUCCAGUGUUAAUCCAGUGUUUAUAACACAUUGUGUCAUCCUGCUUUA